AUGGCGAUAUCUUUAGGAUCGGAACACUCUGCUGGUGAAGAGCCUCCGAAGGGCACAUUCAACCUCGGUCCGCAGAUCACUUUGUACUCAACCUCACCCCAGUCGCAUACACCGUCGCCGUCUGAUUCGUCGGAAGAGGAUACUGAUUCUGAGGACUUGGAAACCGACAUUGAGCCUAUAUCCAAAAGACCAGACAAAAAGGAGAGAAAUCAGCGCUUGAAGAACUUUCAGAUAUCCAGGUUCAACCUCAAGUUACAAUUCAACCCGUUCAAAAGUCCUGGCAUAUCCCAAACAACCAGACCACAACUGGCGCAAAGUCCAAUUGAUACGCAGCUUUAUUACGCGACGGUCAAGGACGUCUAUUCCGAGGCGAAGCAUUCCUAUAGACCCAAGCAAAUACACGCGCUAGAACGGGGGGAUUGGAACGGAUAUCUUAGACGGGCUUUGGAAAAAAUAAAGCUUCAGGCACAACCACUGUUUUUCAAAGCGAUGGCUCCUUUAAAGGAAAAUGGUACAUACAAACUUCUUUUCUGUUAUGAUGUGGUCGCUAAUUCCUGCCAGUUUCCAAACGCAAAGCUGAGGAUGACCCCAGCCCAUCUGACAACAAGCGACUUAAGAGCUCACAUAGUGGUUCACCAGAGCCUGAAAAGAAGCUUUUAAAGGGACCAGAUCCAAUUCCGUUUCCAGAAAAAGUAUGAACAUACUUAUCUCAUGUUGAAGGGUAUCAUUUACUGACUAUACCUUCAAGCCAGCAGUUUUGGAAGAACGAAAUGGAGAGAUCGAGUUUCGGGUGGUCAAUAAUGAUAACCAGCGAGAAAGCAUGAUAAUAUUGACGGGGCUCAAAUGCAUUUUCCAGAAGCAGUUACCUAAAAUGCCUAAGGAUUACAUUGCAAGACUUGUCUACGACCGCACACAUUUAUCAAUUGCUAUUGUCAAGAAACCCCUGGAGGUAGUCGGAGGGAUCACAUAUCGACCAUUUAAGGGUCGCCAGUUUGCAGAGAUUGUGUUUUGUGCCAUAGACUCCUCACAGCAGGUGAAAGGUUAUGGGGCGCAUCUCAUGUCUCACUUGAAAGAUUAUGUUAAGGCGACCUCGGAUGUCAUGCAUUUCCUCACAUAUGCAGAUAACUACGCCAUUGGCUAUUUCAAGAAACAGGGUUUCACGAAAGAGAUCACCCUCGAGAAGUCUAAAUGGAUGGGGUAUAUCAAGGAUUAUGAGGGAGGAACAAUCAUGCAAUGCAGCAUGUUGCCAAAGGUCCGGUAUCUAGAAAUGGGCCGCAUGCUACUCAAGCAAAAAGAGGCAGUACACGCCAAGAUUCGAGCUUUCAGCAAGAGCCACCAAAUUCAUCAGCCUCCAAAGCAGUGGAAGAAUGGACCUUGCAAAAUCGACCCAAUGUCUAUCGAAGCGAUCCGAGCAUCGGGCUGGUCACCAGACAUGGAUGAACUUGCUCGUCAACCUCGCCAUGGGCCUAACUACAAUCAACUAUUGCAUCUUCUGAAUGACAUGCAGAACCAUCAAUCUUCCUGGCCCUUCUUGAAUCCCGUCAGCAAAGACGAUGUAGCUGAUUACUACGAAGUUAUCAAAGAGCCCAUGGACCUUGCCACUAUGGAGAUCAAGCUGGAAAACGACAAUUACGCUACUCCAGAGGACUUCACGCGCGAUGCCAAGUUGAUUUUUGACAAUUGUCGGAAGUAUAACAAUGAGACGACUCCAUAUGCUAAGAGUGCAAAUAAGUUGGAAAAGUACAUGUGGGCUCAAAUCAAGGCGAUCCCGGAGUGGUCACAUCUGGAACCGUAGAAAAUGUGUAUUUGUAUGAGUAUUUUGGGCUGGGG